CCGUCCGAGAGCCCCCCGGUCCCCUCUUUCCUGGACAGAGUGAAGGUUCUGCGCGACUGCCCCGACGCCACGGUUGACAUCUGCUUUGUCCACGGUCUGACCGGGGACCGGGAGAGCACAUGGACUGCCGACGGGCAGUCCGCACCUUGGCCGAAGACCCUCCUCCCGCCGAAGCUCAGUAGAGCUCGCAUCCUCACGUAUGGCUACGACGCAUAUAUCGUGCGAAAGGGGGUUGCAGGGUCAAACCGGCUGAUCGACCAUGCUGCGAACCUUCUGCACGAUUUAACCACAGACAGAAGCAGCAGCGACGCAUCAUCUCGUCCUCUAAUCUUCGUCACCCACAGCCUCGGCGGCCUUUUCUGCAAGAAGGCCGUCCUACUCUCGCGAAACAACCCAGAAGCCCAUCUCCGCAGCAUCUUCGAUUGCAUCAAAGGCAUAUUAUUCAUGGGCAUCCCUCACAAGGGCUCUUGGAUGGCGGAUUGGGCCAAGAUUCCGGCGUCGAUUGUCGGCCUUGUCAAGUCUGCCAACAAGUCGCUGCUAGGUAUCUUGGAGACAGACGAUCAGCUCCUCGAGUCCACCCAAGUCGAGUUCUGGUCGAUGGUACGAGGCCUGCGGGAAGGCGGCAGGGGUUUGGAGGUUACCUGCUUCUUUGAGGAACUGCCUUUGCCUGGGGUCGGGAAAGCUGUGUCCAAGGAAUCGGCCACCCUUGAAGGUUAU